UGAGAUCUGUUAAAGGAAGCCAGCUGAUGAACAGAUUUCUGCUAUAAAUCAAACAUGGUUCUUCAUAAAGAGGAAUAUGAAACGUCUGCAACAUAUGAAGAAGUCGGUUCACCUUUGUACAGUAAUGUUAUUCCGAAGAGACACUCAGAUAAAGGAAGAAAAGCCUCUUCUGCAGCAUCUGGAGUUCAACGCUACAGAGUUGGAGCAAUUACCCUCGGACUUUUGGCUGUAGUUCAGCUCGUUCUUAUCAUUUAUCUAGCUUUCCAUAUGGAAGCCAGAAAUAAGAACUUGACAGAAGAGAGAGAUGAGCUUAAGAGGAAGCUGGAUGUUUUAGUUUUAAAGCAGGAUUCCUGGAGAGCAGAGAGGGACAAUUUGACAAGUAUGAACUCUGAGACUGAGGGCAGGUCCAGAACAAUCUCACUGGAAAGAGAUGAACUUAAGAAGAAGCUCAAUACCUUAGCUCAACCAGGAUGGACACUUUUCAGAAGCAGAGCGUACUACAUUUCACCUACAAAGAAGUCCUGGCAAGAAAGUAGAGCUUACUGUCAGUCAGUGGAUGCAGACCUGAUGAUAAUCAACAGCAGAGAAGAACAGGUCUUUGCAAACAGUUUCAAGUUGCACAUGUGGAUCGGCCUGACUGACUCGGAAACAGAGGGAACAUGGAAAUGGGUGGAUGGGAGUCCAUUGACCACAAGCUACUGGGGCAGUCAAGAGCCAAAUGGUAAAACAGAAGAAAACUGUGGGGAAAUAAAGAGUUUUACCACAGAGAGAAGCUGGAAUGAUGGAACAUGUUCUCUUCAACUUAACUGGAUUUGUGAAAUGAAGUUUGCUCAAUAAUUGUGCUCAUAAUCAGAAAUCAUUGCUUGCUUUUUGUUGAUGUAACGUUAUAGGUUAACUUUACAUUAGGCUGCUGUUUCAGACAUCCUCAUUCUCUUGUCAAAUUAAAACUUAAUAUGUGGAAUCAACAUCAACCUUGUACAAAUGGCAGAUGUUUAAAACAAAUUUGCCCUCCUUUUGAUAUCAGUUUUAUGGUAUAAACAAUCAGGAUCACACAGGUUUGAACUAAGAAGAAUACAUAAAUAUUUAUGUGUCAAAUCCUCUCGCUCAACUAGAAACGCAAAAGUUGCAACAGUUCCUCCAAACAUGGUGAGAACCUUUUUGAAUUCAACCACUUUAACCUGUGCACCUAAGACUUGUAAAAUCCAUGAGAGAUGGAUAGAUUUAGACAUUUGCUAAAUGUAUCCAAUCAUUUGAAAUAAUCUGACCAAUUAAACCUUAAAGGACCAUUAAGUGAUUUUUCAGCACUAGAUGGAGCAUGAGGACUGUCUGUAGGCCAAAACAAGAUGUGCAUCAAGCCACACCUUCCUCUACCUCGCUCAAGCACUCAGCACCCAUUUCCUUUCUCACACAUCAGCUUUUUUGAACCUAUUUGCAAAGGACAAUCACACAGCAGAACAGCAUCGCCCUUCAGAGGAACAUGUCUAGUGAAGAAGUAAGUAACUCAUAACUUCAUAAUGCCAUUAGCAAGAGAACGUUUUGAUCAGAUGGGUGUGCUCUCCACCCUUUGUGUCUGGCGGUGGCAUUUUAUGGGCGGGGAAUGGGUAAGCCCUGAGUGGCAGCUGUUCACGUGUAUGUACAUGCAUGUGCUGCCAGCCCAGCUAUAUAAACA